AGGGUAGCGGAGUGAGAAAGGGAUGACAAUUGAUAUUGAUCAGCAUACUGCAAGGCUACUGGUACGGCGCGGCAGAAACGAAGGAGAAAAGGCUGGAGCAGGUCGUCGACGUGGAAUUGCGAAUAAUCAGAUUGUGGCUGAAAAUUGCGGCCGGCAAAAGGAGAUACCUAAUUUGGAAUAAAAUGAUGGGAAGUGGACGGAUGUGCAUAUGGCGGCGAGGAGCAGGUUGACCUUGACUGGCUACCAUGCUUGUCUCCUCUCAAGCAAACCUCAAAGACCUAUUAGCUAAUCCAAACCCUCCAACAAUGCACGACGACAGCUGGCGCAUCCGUCGCACCCAAUCACAGCGCCCCGCCCUCCGCCUAGACAUUGGCCAUCCCAACGUCGCCCCAAACGUUCCCAAGAUUCGUCCACUCCCAGCCCCACCACCGUCGACGAUGACGACGACGACAACGACGACGAUGAGCAUCUUUAGCUCAGCAGCUUCGACACCGACAACCGCUGCUUCCUCCGCUUUUUCGCCCGUCCUCCGUCCCCUUCCACCCCCGCCACCGUUGCCGACAAUCAAACUGCCCCCAAUGACGCCCACGACGCCCACCAGAACGCGAGUCGCACCCCGUGGUAUGCGCACGAAGCGGUCCCGCUCAGAAAGCAGCAGUGCCCCACGAGCCCAGGCAGAACUUGCAUUUGAUGCCAAAGUCGGCUCAUGGGUCGUCGUUCCCAGUCGCCGUCCAACAGAGGUCGUCGUCGCCCCUCUCAACGUGCAAAAGCUCUCAGUGUCCAGAGGAGAGGUCGUGUUGUCUCGAAGUGCCAAGGGCAAAGGGAAGGGCAAGGCGCGUGCCGUUGACCAGAUGGAGUCGCUCUCAGAAAACGAGCCGCAUCCUCUACAGGGUUUGUCUCCUUAUUCCCGCUCUAUCUCGAGAAAGUCGCCUUCCUCCUACAGACCUUAUCCUCAUGCUCUUCCCCCCUUGCCUACCACAGACAACCCGCCCCCUCUCCCAAAAAAACCUACCCCCGACGUCAUCUACGAGUACGGCGCAGCUGACGACGUUCCCUCAGACACUUCUUCUACCUCUUCCACCGAGAACGAGCUCUACCGUUCUUACGUUGACGACGGCUUUGACCGUAGUCGCUCUCCCUCUCCCAUCCAAUAUGCUCGUCGCAAUUCCAUUGAGGGGCUCUACGAUGACGAUGACGACGAUGAUUAUCUCCUCCCUAGUAACAGGCGCAGGAACGCUGCCCGCAGUGCAAUUCUUGAACCACUUGUCUUCUCCGACAACCCUUCCCCCGUUGAUGCCUUUGACGAUUGGGACGUUGACGACCAUCCACGACGAGGCAGACAGUCCGAAAUCGGCCAUGGUUCUACUCAUUCUUUCACCUCCUUCACCCAGACCCGCGGUAGAGCUCGUUCUGCAGAGAGUGUCCUGCACUAUGUCGACAUGGAAAUAUCAUCUCCUCCUCACUUCACCUGGGAAGGAGAGGAGGAUACAACCAGAGGGCGUCCCAGGGACCGCAAGAAGGACAAGGAUAAGAAGGGCGCAUUUGGCUUAAGAAUAUUUGCUGAUUAGAGCGCAUUACAACUAAUUUUAUGCUUCGUACAUACAUACAUACUCAUACCCUCCUCGUACAUAGAUCAACAACCCCAACACCUCAUUUUGGCAUUUACAUUAUUGUUCGUCGACCUAGUCACCUACUCGACAUACGCCGCCUUCCUCCGGAAGCACUCCGCAAAUCAAAAUCAAAAUACGAAACACGAAAAUCCGGCAGAACAUUUCCGGUACAUACUUGAUGCGCCCCGCUGCGGCUUUUUCUUAGCUUCGACCUCCACAAC